GGGAUAGGCCGAGGGGCUGGCGGCACGAGGUGUUCUGGCCCCGCCCCCAGCGGCCGUUGGAGUGGGUUGGAGCGCCGGCCACCGCCUCCCUCAGUCCGGCUGUGCAGGCUGAGUAGUUUUGGUUCGGGAGGGAUUCCGAGCGGGCCGGAGGGAACGCGAGAGCUAGUGCGAGCGCGGGAGGUCGAGCAGGCGGAGGCGCGCGACCGGACCAGCAGCUAGUACCCCGCGGAGCCCGAGCAGCCCAAGCCCGGCCAUGGCGCUGUCGAUGCCGGUGAAUGGGCUGAAGGAGGAGGACAAAGAGCCCGUCAUCGAGCUCUUCGUUAAGGCUGGCAGUGAUGGUGAGAGCAUAGGAAACUGCCCCUUCUCCCAGAGGCUCUUCAUGAUCCUUUGGCUUAAAGGAGUGGUAUUCAGCGUCACAACUGUAGACCUGAAAAGGAAACCUGCAGACCUGCAGAACUUGGCUCCAGGGACUCACCCACCAUUUAUAACUUUUAACAGUGAAGUCAAAACAGAUGUGAACAAGAUUGAGGAAUUCCUUGAGGAAGUCUUGUGCCCACCUAAGUACUUAAAGCUUUCACCAAAACACCCAGAAUCAAACACUGCUGGAAUGGACAUCUUUGCCAAAUUUUCUGCAUUUAUUAAGAAUUCAAGGCCAGAGGCUAAUGAAGCAUUGGAACGGGGACUCUUGAAAACUCUGCAGAAAUUGGAUGAUUAUCUGAAUUCUCCCCUUCCGGAUGAAAUCGAUGAGAACAGCAUGGAAGACAUUAAGUUUUCCACCCGUAAAUUCCUGGAUGGCAACGAGAUGACAUUAGCUGAUUGCAACUUGCUGCCCAAACUACACAUUGUCAAGGUUGUAGCCAAAAAAUACCGCAACUUUGUUAUCCCGAAGGACAUGACUGGCAUCUGGCGCUACUUAACUAAUGCGUACAGCAGGGAUGAGUUCACCAACACCUGUCCUAGUGAUAAGGAAGUGGAAAUCGCAUACAGCGAUGUGGCCAAAAGACUCACUAAGUAGUAACGCAGCGCUGAGGAGAGUGACGCCUUCACGCCCUCCUCCCUUUAACAGAACACGCUUCUUAACAGACAGCUCCUCUUCCUCUAAAGCAGACCUCUUAUUCUGCGUGGCUAUGCAGUUACUCAAAAUUAGGAGAAGGGAUAGACCAGGUACAGUAGCUAUCAGAAAUACAUACUCCUACAAAGUGUUUAAAUGGUCUUUUUCAGUGUGUGUGUGGUUUUUUUUUAUUUUUAACCCCAUUUUUUCCUGCUCCUUCCAAAUUCUGUUAAGUAUGGAGACACUCUGUCACAACAACGUCUUCAUCUCCAGGAGUUUAUCCCCUUUUCAGGACAUUCACUCUUGUGUCUGUGCCCUAUCAGUGACACAAUUACAAAGAAUAGGAUCUACCUUUAUUAAAGUGGUGAUUGGAACUUCACAAGUCAGCCCCAAAGUGUUGAACUCUUGAUACACGGGAUACCUAUGGAUUUGGGCAUUCCUAAUUAUGAGCAAGACUGUGCAGAAGGGCUGCUACUGCACCAGCGACAUCCAGCUGUACCCAGUUAGUCUACUUGUAAAUGUAUUAAAGGACUUUCCUUGCUCCUAGAGGAAGAGAACCUUUUACAGACCAGCUUUUCCCAGUUUUGUUUUGUAGUGGAACCUUUUUUCUCCCCCCCCCCAAAAGCAUUUAUUAAUUUCUUUAUUCAAGUUGUAACCUACCUGACAAUAUAGUAUAAACAGAAUGUUUGUAGGGAGGACUAGUGGUGUUGAGAUCUUCCUGAAACAUCCUGUGAGCAUCAGGUCCUCUAGCUAAAUCUAACUUUACAUUAUUAGUCCCAACAGUAGAGCCCAAUGCCAUUUGUCUGGAAACAGUAUUGAAGUCUUCUCCUUGGUUUGAAUUGAAACAGGCUUCUUUUGAGAUGGCAAAGAACCUUUACUCUUUCUAUGUCUUUCAUGAAAAUUUUUGUGAAUAAAUUCACUCAUAAACUAGAAUCUAGGUAAUGUAGAUAAUAUAUGUAGUGAUAGAAGUGCAAUGAUAAGCAACAUGAGACUGGACCUUUAAGCGAAACACCAGAAGGACCCCGAAGGAAGUUUCUUCUUCUGGUUUGGUUUGGGGAGUGUGUUGGGUAUCAGUGGCCUUGCCUGCCAUUUCAGGAUAUGUUGUCGAUCUCAAAUGAGCCUGGCUCAGGCUCAUUGAUAGGAGAGAGGCCUAGUCACCCUUUGGGGACAUCGUGGUAGCUACCAUCAGUGUGUGAGCAUGAACAGAGGGAAAUGGCAGUCUAGUGUAUUCGUGAUUGUGGCUCAUUCCCUUGUAGCACACUGACAAAUAGUCCUACCGCUCUAAAACCCACCACCAGCCUGAAACAAUGGAUGUUAUUUUAAGCCAGGGGUCCUUUUUGUUUUCCUGAGGGAUGAAAAGCAAGUGGGUUGGGGAAAGGGGAAUAUUUGCAGUGUUUAUUAAUCUAAUUAUUUUUCUCAAAGCUGUCACAAGUGUUGCUGUUCCAGAGAAUAUGAUUAUGGUUAUGAAAUGAUUUGGUAUUAGCUUUUUCUAGUUCAUAAAAUUUUGAAGCACUAUUUCUUAUAGGCUGCAUGGUGGCAAUUUUCAAAUUCCCUGCUUAAGAUGCCAAUGCUCUCUCCCUUUUAUAUGCUAACAUUUCAUAAGGAUUGGCUUUAUGGAAACAGCCUGACUCUUCAGAGUAUCUUGCCUUUUAAAAAUAUUGUUUUGGCUUCUUUGCAUACGAUGAAGCUAACUCGGUAUAGGAAGAUGAAAAAAAAGACCUAUUUUUUUGUCCAGUUGGCUCAGGAAGAUGCCUUGGUCUUGCCUUUAUUGUUAGCCCCAUUGCAGAGCAAUGUUGGCAAAUCAAUUUUUUUUUCAGUUUCAAAAACCACACAGUGAAGAUUCUUGUAGUUCUAGAAGGAAAAACUGCAGAUCAGUUCUCAAGGACUAAUGAACCCCUGACCUUCCUAGGCUCUUGGUCAGAGGGCUGUGUCUGCACCAAGGCAUCUCCACACAGCAUCACCUUCCCUGCUAAGUGUGGCAUUUCCCUCAGCAUGAAUCAUAAGGGAACUAGGAGAGAGACUGGAAGGAGGAGAAAGCCAUGUUAUUUCUCACCAUACUGGAGAAGAUAAAGGGAGAGAGAUAAGUGGUUUCAUAGGUUGCCAUGGCUAGAAGUGGUGAAUUUUUUUUAUCGUCCUUUGAUAAACUUGCCCUUGAAGCACAGCAGAUGCAUAUGGUCCUAGAGAAGCCAGUCAGAGCUUGUGUCCCCAGGCACAGCCUUGGAGAGCCCAGGGUCAUCCCCGUGAUUGAAUCGGAGCUCUGCAAAAUGAGGCAUGAGGGAACACAUCAAGUGAAAGAGGGUAUGGCUUCCGUGGAGCUUGCUUAUAAGAGAGACCCCUGAUUAUUUCGAUUAAAUGGCUCCAUCCCAGACUUUUUUCAUCACUUCUUAUCCUCCUUUCGUCAUGAGAACUCCGCUAACUGAACACGACUGACUUCAGAAUCCAGCUGAAUCCAGAUUUCUCUAUAUAAGAACAUAGGUUUCAUCGCUUAGUUCUCUGUCUAAACAAGAGUGUUAAAUAGUUGAGGAAAGCUAAGAUUAUGGCAAAUGAAUUCAAGCUGAGAAACAGAAAGUUAUUGGACUGUCAUCUCUAGUCCUGCCCAUGAGCCUUGUGCCAUGCUUUUGGCCCAUCUCUGUGUUCACGAAAGGUCUGUGGCUAAAUGCCAGGAGGAUUGCUGACUGGGCCCAAACUUUUCCCUAGUAGAUUAUUCUGAAAUGUCUAUUAAAAGGAUUGGUCCUGAGUGAAAAUUGGCUUCCUGGCAUGGGGCAGUGCAGAUUGACCCAGCGGCCCGCCUCCUCCUGGAAGCCCAUAUAGAGAGAGCCUGGGCCCAGCCAGCACAUGGGGGAGGAGGAAUGUCCUCGGGUUGGACGGCCUGCCCACCGGCUUCCUGAAGAUGGCUUUAUGUUUCUUGACUACCUUCACUUUGUCAGCUUUCUCUUGAAGCUCUUCAGGCCUGGGCGCCCAUAGCUGGGGCCUCCUUAUCUUCUCAGCACAGCAGCUGUUGACCUUGUCCUUGUCCUUGUCCUUCUUUCUGUGCUGUUGCUAACUUCCCCCAGGGCUAAAUGCAGUUGUUGGACAGUUUUUAUUUCACUUAGUUAACAUCCAUUUAGAAAUCAGAAAAAACCAAAAAAAGCAGAAUUUCAAGCAAAUAGAAGUCGAUUUUGUUUUAUACCCAUUUGGUCUUGGGCCUGUUUAUAAUGAGCAUUUUGUUCAGAGAUAGGCAAGUUUGUAGCACUGCAGGAGAUUGUGCGUGUCUGGGCCCCUCCACCGGCCAAGCAAGGCUCAUGCAUCUAGGCUUUUAUUUUUCACUGUGGAAAUAGUCUCAGCUCCUGAAACCAUAGCAUUGAAUGGAAUUGGAAUCAUUUCUGCAGAAUUACUUGAAAAGUUUGAUGAAAAAUGUAUUGUAGUGCGCCUCUGUCUUCCUUUCUCUCUGGAACUUCUUUUACAGAUAGACCAGUACCCUGCUGGCAGCUAUUGUUUAAAAAAUAAAAAUAAAAAUUAUAUUUUCACUACCAGAAAA